GGCUUAGCUUGCCACAGACUGAGGCAGGAAAUAUCUCGCCUAACUGUGUGUGUUUAAGGUCGUGCUGCUUCUUGCAUUGCUGCUCUUCUCUCCACUCCCUGCUCAGACGUGUCUUGUGCCACCGCCAGCUCUCUUCCCAAGUAUGCUCCCCUUGAAGCCAGUGCCAGGUCAGUUCAGCCCAGAGGUCCGGCAGCAGGGCCUGUGGGUAUGGAGAGUAGAAAAGAUGAAGGCGGUGCCACUAGAUUCCUCUGAGGUGGGAGCUUUCUUCAAUGGAGACUCCUAUUUGGUGCUGGAUAACCGCGGGGAGGAGGGAGCUGACCUCCACAUGUGGAUAGGUGAAAAAUCGUCUCGAGAUGAGCAGGUAGCUUGUGCCAUGCUGGCCACCCAGCUGGAUAAUUUUCUGGGUGGAGACCCCAUUCAGCACAGGCACGUUCAGGGCUUCGAGUCUCCGGAGUUCAUGGAGCUCUUCCCCCGAGGGGUCAGCUACAAGGAGGGUGGUGUGGAGUCAGGUUUCAGGAGAGCUCAGGGCUCUGGCACCGUGCAGAGGUUGUACCAGAUCAAAGGAAAGCGCAACAUCCGUGCCAAAGAGGUGGAGCUGUCCUGGAAGAGCUUCAACAAGGGAGACUGCUUCAUCCUCGAUCUCGGAACGACGAUUGUGUCCUGGACCGGCUCGCAAGCCAACAUCUUCGAGAAGCAAAAGGUGCGCGAGAUCGCCACGCUGAUCCGCGACAUAGACCGACACGGUAAAGCCCGCAUUGUGGAUGCAAACGAGGGGGAAGAGCCGGAGGAAAUGAUCAGAGUCCUAGGACAGACUCCGACUUUGCCAGAGAGCACGCCAGAAGAGGACAGCAAAGCAGACGCCUCCAACAUAGCCUCCCUCUACAAGGUGUCUGAUGCCACCGGUUCCAUGACAACAACUAAAGUGUCCGAUAAGAGCCCGUUUCUCCAGGAGCUGCUGAUUCGUGACGACUGCUUCAUCCUGGACAACGGCUCCAACGGAAAGAUCUUCGUCUGGAAAGGUAACGGAGCCAACGAUGAGGAGAAGGACAUGGCCCUGCAGAUGGCGGACAAAUUCAUCGAACAAAUGAAUUACCCUCACAUGAAAACACAGGUGGAAAUCCUGCCACAGGGAAAGGAGACCAUCAUCUUCAAGCAGUUCUUCAAAAACUGGAACUGAGCCUUUCGCUGGGAAUCCUGCACAUGGAGACGAGGCUGCGCAUCUUGAGAGAGCACCUGUUACAAAAUGCAU